GUGGGCUCGGGCGGCCAGCGGGCACGGCAGAGCCCCGGGGGUCUGCGGGGGCUGCGUUGCUGGAGGCGGUGCCCACCCAGCUGGGCUCGCCUGGGGGGGCUCAUGGCCCGUCUGAUGCCCCAGCACGUGCAGGGUCAGCAUGGGUGCCGACGGGUACCCCCUCCCAGAGCCGCGACCAGCCUGGAGGUGACCGAACGCUGGCCCUUGGGGCGUCCCCUGACCGUUGGACCCACACAGCAGAUCUCAGCCUGGCUUCAAGCUCUAAGCCUCCUGCUGCGGCCACAGCCAGGAAUUUGCCUUUUCGGGCCAGAGUUGCGACGGCAGCGCAGGCUCCCAGCAGCGUGCCUGCAUCUGAUGAGUCUGCAGCCAGUGGCUUCUCUGAUGUCCAGCACGGAGCUUUAGUUGCCAGAGCCACGAUGAGGAGCCGUGAUGGGCAGAAGAAAGCGGAGAGACCAAGCCCUGGCCUGCCUGACCUUGGUACGGGUGAGGACCGCGCUGCUGUUCCUCACCCGGUGUCCCUUCCAGGGCCGCCCUCGGCUCUGCCAACAGAAAGGACAUCCAGCUCGACCGAAACGCAUACUGGUGCCGUGUGGGUAACCUCUGCUGUGACGCCCGAGGUGCUCUGGGACACACGGCCUGCUGGCACCUUCCCGCACGGCGAAGCUGCUCUGCUGGUGGACACCGUCUCGGCCGAGGUCCCAGAAAAUGGGUCUGGACUUCUGGCCACUGUCUUGGCAUCGCUUCCCAGUGCUGCAUUGGCUCAAGAUGUCAACCACCCACAAAUGCCGGCUCCCUUCCUUCCUACAGCGGAGUCUGGGGGACCUGCUGUCACCUCAGGGAAACCGAGUGAUCGGUCUUCCCCCCCUGCAAGGCAGACUCUGCUGACAUCCACUGAAGCCCACCCUUCCCCUGCUCAGACCAGGCCCCCCAGCGCUGGAGGUCCCCCUGUGACGGGGCUGAGCUCGGUAGCCUCUGAUACCGACCCGGACCCUGGAGCGACCAAAGCCUCCUAUGAGGAUGGAGCUGUUAUGGUGGCUUCCCCUUCUCCAAGAGCUGCAGGUGUGACACACGGCUUCUCCCUGGGGUCACGUACCCAGAGGCCAUCUCUGCAUCUGGAUCCCUCUCUCGUGGCAGCAUCUGAGGAUGGACCCACUGCACGCCAAUGCCAGCCCAUGAGGGUGGCAGAGAUGACCGUGCUGCCUGGACCGGUGGCUGCGGCAGAAGAAGCCGGGCACAGUGAACCCCGGACAGCAUUGGUAGGAGCCACUGCUGCUCCAGCAGGACCUCCAGCGCCCACCCAUGCCAGCCCAGGCUCUGUGCCUCUUCCCAGCUCCGAGAACCCUGCUCCAGGGCUUUGCUCUGAGGCUGUGCACCACACCGGCACCGCCACCUCGCCAUCUCCAUCCUACCUGCUGGCUUCCACCGGAGCUGCGCGUGCAGCCGGCUCCCUGCCCAGCUCUCGCACCCCGGUCGCACCAUCAGGAGCGACCCUUGAUGUUCAGUCUGUGUCCGGUCACUCUGUCGCCUCCCAGCAUCUCCCUGCAGCUGCCAGAGAGACCUUCACCCCAGCUGAGCUGAUGACGAUGGGCAAACCUGGGUCCCCAGGGGCGAAGCCCCCUGCAUCCCACCGCCCCGGGCUCCCCUCUCCUGCACAGCCUCUGCCUCCGCACGUGCUGCCUUUGCGGUUCCGUCUCUUGGGCAUCGCUUACGCCGAGGCUCUGAGCAGCAGGGCUUCGGAGAGCUACAGGGAGCUGGAGGAAGAAGUGAGGCUGAUGCUAAACCAAAUGCUGUCCACCUAUGAGACCUUCCUGCAGGCAAAUGUCCUUGAGUUUAUGAACGGCUCGGUGGUUGUGCGAGGGGAAGCUCUGUUCAGGGGGGACGCUCCUGCUCCCACUAACUCCCACCUCAUCCGGACGGUCGUCACGGAGGCGAGCAAGGGAAGGAGCAUCUUCAGCUGGCAACUGGAGCCACAAUCUGUCCAGUCCAGUGGCUUCAACCUGGAGAACCUGGAGCCGGAGAAGCUGUCCAUCUCUCUCACUGCCCUCCAGCUUGGGAGCAGCAGGACAAACUCCCUGGAGAGGCUGAUCAGCAAGGUGACUUGGUCUCUCGAUGCCCUCUACCGUGUGAGGAACUUCACUGUUGCCCAGCUCAGAAACCUCAGUGGGGACCUGGAGAUCGCUGGAGACCUCUACCUUGACACAGUCAUCCAUGCCGACGUUGCAGAGGUUCUGCAGGCCUUGACAGCUCUGGCAACCUGCUCCGUGGACCUGACCUCCCUCUCGGUGGAGGGAGCCAGGCUUCACCUACAGGUUUACCCGGUCUCCUUCCUCAUCGCCAACAGACGCUUCAGUGAGGACCUUCUGGAUCCACUUGCUAUAGAGCACCGGGAGCUCACCAGAGACCUUGAGGACGUGGUGGCGAGAGCCGUGAGGGACCACAGGAGCUUCCUGCAAGUGGUGAUAAGAGGAUUCCUGCCUGGCUCCUUGAUCUGCCAUGGGGACGUGGUCUUCCAGCACCCUGCUCCAACCAGCCUGGAAGUUUUGGAGGCACUCGCUCUCUCAGUUGGGCCAAACAAGACUUUGGCUGGUUCAGACUUCCAGGUGGACCCAUACUCUCUUGCUGUGGGCGAGGACACUCUGCAGCCACCCCUGCCCCAACCAGGCUUUCCUGAGUAUGGCGUGGCCAUUGUCAUCGUGUGCGGCCUCUGCAUCAUUACUGCUCUGAUCGUCUUGCUGGUGUGUCUGAGGACCAGGAUGUUCAGCUGGUGGGAUGUGGCAGUCCUCUGGGACAGAAGCUACUCUGAAGCGAGGACCCAAACCCUGGAAAUGGAUAACCGAGGGAUAUGGUCACCCUCUGAACAGGGCCCUGAGGAUCCUCAAACAAGCUUGCAAAACAGUGCUGCCUGAUGAGAAGAUGCAGCUGAUCGGGGGGAGCCUGAAGAGGGGUUGUGGAGGGAGAGAUGUUCAGAUGAUGCUCAUCAUGCUGCAGCUGCCGAACCCUCCCUGAGAAGGAUGCGGGCUCAGGUGUAUAAAGGAAUAACUUUGUAUGUUGAACUUUA